AUGAGUGAUUGCACUUCUCCCGUUCCAUCUAUGUCCUGUGAUGAAUCAAUGGACAGAGAUGAAGAGCUGUCGGAUGCAUCACCUCAUUCGACGGAACUAGCCCAUUCAGUUGUUCGUUCCACUUCUGUCGAGCCAGAUACAAGCAAGCUCAGAUCUGCUUUUCGAACGAUCGGCGGGGAUCCAUUGUCGAUGCAGCAACGGUUGUUGGCGAUGCUCCAGACAGAAGUGCCGCAGCCGUGGAGGUUGGUUCAGAUUCCCUCGCAGCCGAAUGCAAAGCGGUUAACGUAG